AUGGUACAUCCAGUCGAGGCAGCUGCCAAAAUGUGUGUUAAGAGCACAUACAACAAACGUGAACAAGUCACAAUACAUGCACUCCAGACCACCCCAAUUGGUUGUGGUCAUUACCGAGACUCUGCCUACCAGUCGGCAGAUGUCUGCGUCGCCGAGAGCUUCAGCCCUAACAACACACCGAACGGACAAAUACAGCCCGUAACUGGACGACUUGAAGACGCCUCCAGACUCGUUCACUGCAAAGUGGACUGCCGGACGGAGAGGCCGUUGCGACGCGCGAAGCAACUCAAGUCGACUUGA